AUGGCCGACGCACCCCCUCCUCCUCCUCCACCUCACGGAGCCAACCCACGAUCAACAUCUGGUGGUCUGCCUGAGGGAAACUACGACAUAUUCAUCAUCCCGCCUCACAGCUCAGGUUCCGGAUUUCUGUACCUGCCUUCUCUCCAGCCACAGCGCAACUCGUUUAUUGCUGGCUUUGCAUGCGCCGUCUUUUGCUACCUGAUAUGGAUAACAGCCGUGCCAGUCCUGCGACAAUGCUUGUCAAACAUUGCUGCCAGCGGGAGUGCUGGCGUGCUUCUGCUUGUCGCUGCUGUUGGUGCCGCAGCAUGGGUCUUCGGAAAGACUCAAGGUGAAAGUAAGAACCAGGGUCCACACAGCCCACCGCCCUCAGGAAACAGUGGAGCACAAGGAAGCUCAGGUACAGGGGGAGGGAGCAACCACAGCAGAAGUUAUAGUGGCCCUCACAAUGCUUCGCAUUCCUCAGGCUCAGACCAUGCACAUUCCGCGCCACCUCCACGCACCCCUCGACAAGACUACUCAACUCCUCCAGGGCAGGAAUACAGACCCCCUCCACCACCACCACAGUCAGAGUACUACUCACAACCCCCGCCCGAACAUCAUGCUCCACCUCGAUACACCGCUCCGCCGCCACCGCCGCCGCCUCCUCCUCAAGCACCGCCAAAACCCGCCCCUCCGCCUCAGCCGAGACCCGCUCCUACCUCACAGCCAAAAGCGGCCCCUAUGCCACAGCAUAAACCUGCUCCACCACCGCCUACUUCACCAGAUACUCCAACAAGAUCUGCUUCCGAUGCUGCAGCCAGUUGGGAGAAGGCCCGGGAAGAGACUCGCAAGCGAGAGGAGGCAAGAAAGAAGGCAGAUGAGUUGAAAAAAUUACGCGAGGAAGCACUACGCAAGAAGGAAGAAGCCGAACGACAAGCGAGAGCAGCUGCUGAAAAGCUCAAAUGGGAGCAAGCUAGAGCCCGUGAAAAGGAAGCCCGCGAACGAGAAGCAAGAGAGCUCGGAGCCAAGGAUAAGGAUACUAAAGACAAGGACGCUCGGGAGAAGGAGAAGCGCGAGCGCGAAGCCCGGGAGCGAAUUGCAAAAGAUAAGAGGGAGAAGGCUGCAGAAGCGGCAAAGUCACCACUCAAACCCACCACACCCGCUGCCAAAAAGUACGAGCGACCUAGUGCGCAAAGCUAUGCCAGCACCGAGACGACCAGUGCUUAUGACGCUCGCACAGUCACAUCGUCCUCAACCGCGUCAUCCUACACAGAGACACUGUCCUCAUAUGCGCCCUCGACCUCUACCGCCCGAACCAGUCCGCCUCCAGAGUAUCGUGGACCAUACAACACAUCUGAUCCAGACAAGAUAGUCAUAAAGGCCGUCUACAUGUACAACAACACAACACCAAAGAAGCCCAUAAGCCAACUCGUCAGUGGGGAAGCCAAUGUCACCGACGGCCUCGUCUUGAGGAUUAGCACCGAAGGCUUGUUUAUUGAUGACGAUGUACGCCGUGUUCCACAGCGUGAGUGGGACAUUAAAGCUUGGAAUCUUAAGGGCAUCGAGAGAGGAAAUCUGAAUCCUCACUACAUGCUACGCGCCACGAUCAGAGACACAGAAGGCAAACACUACAUUUUCGUCAUCCCGUCAGACCAAGAAUGGAAGGUUGACACCGGACUGGGUCGCCUGCGCAAAGGCAACUUGGUCCGUAGCUUGGGAAUGAGCACCAUCAAGGCACCAGAGAUGAAAGGCUUGCUCAGCGAUCUUGGUUGGGUUUGA